AUGAGCGUGUUCUGGACGGUCCCUCUGAACAUCGAUUGGUCGGCGUCUCCCCAGCUGCGGACCGGAGCUGCCGCCUUUAGAGCACAGCCACAGCUGCGGUUCAUUCAUCGCCGGCGGCAUCGUCCAUGCUACCACAUACCACGUUCUUCCUCUUCACCCACCCUCAAAAUGUCGCUCACCGCAGGUGGUCCUGACGCGCAAGAUGCUCUGUUCGAGAAGACGUCGUCUACUCAGGUCCCGAAGUCGUUGACAAGAGCCACGCUGCGCAUGGAGUUCCCGCCUUCCUACGUCCUUGUCGGCGUGUACCGGCUCUUCACCGACCCGCUGCUGUACAAGCCGGCAUGGGAUAAGUGUAAGCACGCGACGAGAAGAGGGGCGAUUGUUGGUGCGAUAUGGGCUUUCCUUACAUUCUCGAUCCAACGCAAAUUCAUUCAAGUCUUCCUCUCCAACUCUCCGCGCAUAACUGGUCUCUCCGAUGACACAAUGUUCGGAUAUCCUCUCCCAUUCAGCAUCACCACCUACGCGGCCCUAACGAUCCUCGGCUCUCAGGUCACCUACAUCCUGCAGUUCUUCCUCCGGCGCAACAUCCGCAUCGCGCGCGACCGCGCUUGGGACCAGACACUCACUUCGCGGGGCAAGGGGCCCGAGUUCUGGGGUCCGUACGUGGAAGAGUGGAAGGCCCCGCCGAGGCUGGGGGUGGACGGGAAGAAGCAGGGCUUGUUGGAGAAGUGGGCUGGGGGGUGGUUUGGGUUGUUCGUGGUUAAGAAUGUGCUGCUGUCGCCGUUCCAGAUCUAUCCUUUCGUUGGUGUGACCGUUACUUCGUGGUUCAAGGCUCUCGGGACGGCACAUAUACUCCAUCGACGUUAUUUCGAAGCUAAGAAGAUGACGCCCUCGCAAAUCGCCGUGUUCAUGGAGGAGAGAAAGUGGGAUUAUCGAGUCUUCGGCUUCACUGCAGCCAUCCUCGAGAGCCUGCCCAUCAUCGGCCUUGUCUUUACGAUCUCGAACCGCGUCGGGGCGGCGAUGUGGGCUCACGAUCUUGAGAAGAAACAACACUACUUCGCAGAUCAGCGGGCGCUCGGAGUGGAGGUGUAUGAGGACGUUAGGGCGAAGGCGGACUGA